AACUCGGAUGGAUCUGGAGGACAAAUGGAUGGCUUGAUAUCCACGGCCAUAUUUAGGAAAUUGUUGAGCACGUAUUGAACAACAUCUGUCGACGGAUCAUGACUGUAAUAACAAAAUUCUGUUACAGUUUGUCUAACCCAUACGCUUUUAAGUGCAAAGAAGGUCGGUCAUGGUGGCGCCAUUGGAGUGUGAUCAUCUUUAACCAAGAGGAAAUCACAAUUAAUUUGCAUUCACUUCGAUUGCUCACUUGCUCGUCUGUCGAUUCGCUUGAUUGAAGAUGAGGGAAACUGGCAAUGACGACGACGUCGAGGCCGGCGGCGUCAGAGAUUACCGCGAGCCUCCGCCGGCGCCGAUGUACGACCCCAGGGAGGUCCGCAAGUGGUCGUUCUACCGCGCGCUGAUCGCGGAAUUCAUCGCGACGCUGCUGUUCCUCUACAUCGCCAUCCUGACGGUAAUCAGCUACAAGAGCCACGGCAGCUGCGCCGGCAUCGGGAAUUUCAGCAUCGCCUGGGCCUUCGGCGGGAUGAUCUUCGUCCUCGUUUACUGUACCGCCGGCGUGUCCGGCGGGCACAUCAACCCGGCGGUGACAUUCGCGCUGUUCAUCGCCCGCAAGGUUUCGCUGGUCCGAGCGGUGUCGUACAUUGUGGCUCAGUGUUUAGGCGCCAUCUGCGGGUGCGGCCUGGUCAAGGUAUUCCAGAGGACAGAGUACGAGCGGUUCGGCGGCGGCGCCAACGAGCUUGGCCCCGGCUACAACAAGGGCACCGGCUUGGCCGCCGAGAUCAUCGGCACAUUUGUCCUGGCUUACACCGUCUUGUCGGCCACGGACCCCAAAAGGAACGCCAGAGACUCCCACGUUCCGGUGCUGGCGCCGCUGCCGAUUGGGUUCGCAGUGUUUGUUGUCCACCUGGGGUCGAUGUCGAUUACCGGGACGGGCAUAAACCCGGCAAGGAGCUUCGGGGCGGCAGUUAUGUAUGGGAACCACAAGGCCUGGCAUGACCAUUGGAUAUUCUGGGCUGGGCCGAUGGCGGGGGCAGCCAUAGCAGCAAUAUAUCAUGAGUACAUAUUGAGGGCAGGGGCAGUGAAGUUGGCACUGGGCUCAUACAAGAACUAUGGAGGCUGAUUGAUUGGUUUACUCAGUAGUAGGAGUGGAGUAUUCAUUCAUUCAUAGUGAAACUUGUCUUUCUUUAAUUUGUGGCUGGAGAAUUACAAUUAAUGGAAUGGAGCUAAUUGCUUAACAUUAAUUGUAUUGUCCCAUUGAGGAUAUAAUAUAGUAUGUGGCUCCGAGCAAAGAUUGAUUU